GGAGGGAGCCAGUACUCGUGACGCCUUGACGGGGAGAGGAUACACUGCGUCCCUGAGCCCCGCCAGCAUGGUCAACAACAAGAUGGAGAUGAGCCUGGACGAUAUCAUCAAGGCCAGCAAGAACAAGCCCGGCCUGAGGCGAGGAGGAGGAGGAGGUGGGGGCCCGGGCCGGGGCAUGCGGGGCCGCGGACGGGGCAUGCGGACCACCAGAGGCUUCGGGGCCGGACGGGGCCGGGCCGGGGCGGGGCCGCGGCCAUCGGGGGGCGGCAGGAACACAUUCGGACAAAGGGGCAACGUUGAGGGUCGCUGGAGCCAUGACCUGUACCAAGGGGGUGCCGGGGGCGGCGGGGGAGGUCCGCGCCCCAGCCUGUCCUCGGGACCUGCCAAGCUUCUCAUCUCUAACCUGGACUUUGGCGUCUCAGAUUCAGACAUUCACGAGCUGUUCGGGGAGUUUGGCGCCAUGAGAAACGCUGCAGUUCACUACGACCGCUCGGGAAGGUCGCUCGGCACCGCCCACGUGGUGUUCGAGCGCCAUGCCGAUGCGAAUAAGGCCAUUAAGCAGUACAACGGUGUCUUGCUGGACGGGAGAGCCAUGAACAUCACGCUGGAGGGGGGGUCCAUGGGGGGUGGUGGGGGCGGCCGGCUUAGCUCAGUGGCCCCUGUCAAGAGGCUUCAAGGAGCACCCAGACCUGUCGGAGGAGGCGGAGGCUUUGGUGGUCGCGGCAGCCGUGGGAUGCGCGGCAACACCAGGGGUGGCCGCGGCGGGCGAGGGGGCCGAGGCUUUGGGCGGGGGGCACGGGCCAAGGUGCCCACCGCUGAAGAGCUGGAUGCUGAGCUUGACGCCUAUGUCAACCAGGUCAACAAGUGAGCAGGUGGAGCCUUGUAGCAGUGCCUGGGUGACCUGUCGGCCAAGCUGCUCACCGCAACUACCUUAUACAGUAUAGGAUAAGAUGUGUUUGUUCCCCUUAGCUAGCAUAGGCCAUUAGUGCUAAGAGAUCCCAGAUUACACACUCUUGUUUCUUAGUUUUUAAAAGGUGUAUUCACUCAAGUUACCUGAUACAGUGUAGUCCUCAGUGUCUACACCUGGCUAGACUUUUUAUUUUAUUUUUAUUUUGUGUAUGGAAGUACAAUGAACCUUUGAAGAUUGCGUAUGCAGGUGUGUUCUUACCAGUACCCAUGUAACAAAUGAACAUAUACAUAUAUCUCUAUAUCUACCUUUUGUGAAUAAAUUAUGGAAAAGAGA